AUGUCUACGUCGUCCAAGCUCGCCAACGGCUCUUCGGGCCCCACUCCUCCCCUCACCCCCAAGUCCAACUCGCUCGCUCUUCCCCUUGGCGCCUGCAUUGAGCGUUCGCGCCCUCGUCUGAGCCGCGAGCAGUCGCUCCUGCGUCUCCAGUCGCAGCUCGACAACAUGCCAACGCCGCUUCUCAAGCACGGCCUCCUCUCGCGCGUGCGCCGUGAGGACCCCGAGCUCUUCUUCUCGGCCAUCCAGGCUGACCUCGUCAACCUCGCCCCCAUUGUGUACACCCCGACCGUCGGCGAGGCAUGCCAGAAGUACUCCCAGGUGUACUCGGGCCCCGAGGGCUUGUAUCUGUCCAUUGACGACAAGCCUCAGCUCCGUCAGGUGCUUUCGGAGUACGCCGCCACCGCCUCCCACCAGCCCCAGAUCAUUGUCGUGACCGAUGGUUCGCGUAUCCUUGGUCUUGGUGACCUUGGUAUCGGUGGCAUGGGCAUUUCCGUCGGCAAGCUCAACCUCUACGUCGCUGGUGGUGGCAUUGACCCCAGCGGCUGUCUCCCCGUUGUCCUUGACAUGGGCACCAACACCGAGUCUAUCCGUGACGACCCCCUGUAUCUUGGUCUCCGCCGCCCCCGCGCCUCGCUGGAGGAGGCUACUUCAUUUAUGGACGAGUUCAUGGCCGCCGCCGCCGACGUGUUCCCCAACACCGUUGUCCAGCACGAGGACUUCUACUCGGAGGCUGCCUUUGCGUUCCUUGAGAAGUAUCAGGACAAGUACAGGAUGUUCAACGACGACAUCCAGGGUACUGGCUCGGUCAUCCUUGGUGGUUUCGUCGCUGCCGCAAGGCGCGCGUCCGAGGCCUCGGGCAAGCCUCUCCAGGACCAGAAGGUUGUCUUCCUGGGUGGUGGUUCGGCUGCUGUUGGUGUCGCCAAGGAGAUGAUGACCUUCUUCCGCAUGCUUGGCUUCACCGAGGAGGAGGCCCGCAACCGCUUCUGGCUCAUUGACACCAAGGGCCUCAUCACCAACACCCGUUACGACGUUGUCGCCGGCAAGCUCGCCAGCCACAAGGAGUACUUUAUCCGCAACGACACUGAGGGCAAGGAGUUCAAGACCCUCGCCGAGGUCGUCGAGUACGUCAAGCCCACUGCCCUCGUCGGUCUCUCGACCACCUACGGCGCCUUUGGCGAGGACGUUGUCCGCCGCAUGGCCGACCUCAACCCCGCCCCCAUCAUCUUCCCCCUCUCCAACCCUACGUCCAAGUGCGAGCUUUCGUUCGAGGACGCCUUGAAUUGGACCGACGGCAAGGUCCUCUUCGCCUCCGGUUCGCCAUAUGACCCCAUCACCUACAAGGGCCAGCUCCGUGAGCCCGGACAAGGAGUGACGGACUCGAUGAUUACGGGCUCUGCGAUUGCUCUUUCGGAGGCUGUUGACGCGGACGAGGCGUCUACUGGUCUGCUGUACCCGCGCCUGACGCGUAUCCGCGACGUGUCUGCGCAGGUUGCCGUGGGCGUUGUGCGCGCUGCGCAGAAGGCCGGUGUCGACACUGUGACCUCGCUGCGCGACAUUUCGGACGACGAGCUGUUCGCGCAGAUCAAGAAGGCCCAGUGGUCGCCCUACCAGAACGAGGGUGUUUCCACGUCGCGCCUCUAA